UCAGAAUCAAUUAUAAGAUUAUUAUUACGCAAUUUUCACUUUGCUGAAGUUGAGUCGUUUCGCCCAAAGUAGAGCAAAAAAUCAUCUGGCCGAAUUUGCCAGGUCUCUCGGGGCGGUUAUCAAGUCUUGGUAACCGAUUAUAAGCCAUUUGUGUCGUCUUGUUUAAAGAAAUGCUACUCAGACUAAGAGAGGUAAAAAAAAUGAAGAUUGUGAGCAUUCUGGCUACCGCAUGCUGUGCAUGUGAAUCGAAAGUUUUUAGAUCUAAAUAAUUAUUGUCAUUUUUCUUUGUUCAGACGUGGAAUUAGGCCAAAAAAAAAAAGAAACUAGUUCAGCUACUCAAAGUUAUGACCUAGUCAGUACAAUAAUAAUGCUGGUUUUUGUUGUAGGUCUUGUGGACAUGCGACCUUUGGGAGGCAGGAAAGUCAGAGUCAAGAUGAAGAGCAGAAGCAGAUGAAAACGCGCGUAUCACUUGUUCCUCGUUUGGCGCGAAUGUCACUCACGAAAGUGUAACGUUACGACCUUCGGCACGUCUUCGAACACGCCCCCGUAUAUUACCAGGCACCGCCCAUAAGAGUUCCAAUAUUGAACAACAAAGCAAGCCUUUUCCUGUUUCUUCAAAUACCGUCAAUACGCUUUGCUUCUCUGAUUGAACAACUCUCUUACUACUAGAUCGCUGUUUGAGGUGUCGAAAUGAAGCGAAACGAGAGGAGCAGGAUUAAAAAUAAUAAAAUGGAAACAAUUCUUAACGCACGCACUUUGUCAAGUUCGAAGUAUGCGAGUAUUGAGGUAGGAAGGUGAAAUUGUACUUUGUACUCUUUGAAGCUUUACUUUAUUUAGUACGGAAGGUUGGAGUGCAAGUAUUUAAGUGCCUGUUUGUUUGAAUUUACUGCAGAUUUCACUCGCCUUAGAUAGCUUACUAAAACACAGGACUAUUUAAACUUGGAAUUACGAGCGUGCUUUCUCCAGUGUUCACAGGAUAUCGAACUUUGCUUCUUAUAGGUUAAGCGCAUCCCGAAAUGCUUGUACACCAACCACAGAGAACACACUCAGGACUCGAGAUCGCAGUUUAGUGACUUUUUUAAUAGUGAGUUUUUUCGCUUAAGAAAGUCAUACCACAGGACAAACCGUUUAACAAGGAGACUACCCUGUAAAUAUAUUCACUCUCGGAAAUCAGCAAAUUUAUUAAAUUAUACGAGAAGAACUGCUUAUGUAAUCUGUUUAUCAACAAGCGUAACAAGCGGAGAAAAGUGAGGUUUGUUAUUUUUCAAUACUGCUCCAGCAAGCAUAAGUUUUGCGUCUUCAUCAGGUGCUGCUAUUUACCCAAGUGUUCCUCAUGUACUACCCUUUAGAUCUUUGUGCGAUCAUGUCCUCGGUCACCCAGUAAAGCUCCAUCCAGCUUAACUUAUCCUCAAUCGACAUAUACUUCCGUUUAGGCGAACCAAACUUCACAGACUAAGGUGAACUUAUCAAGGCAUAACCGACAGUGAAAGGAACUAUAGCUUUUUUCAGUCAAAGGAUCAGAUUUCCAUGAGAUAGCAGAGGUCUCGUUUAAAGGACUGUUCGCGGUUUAAAACAAGCUUGGAUGCCGUGCCUUAUAAGAGCCCCAUAACAGAAGGAAAUUUUUGUGCCACGGAACCUGGCUGUCCGCGACCAAGAAAUGUAGACUACGUCUCGAUAUUUGACUCUCUUCAGCUCCAAAUUCAUAUCUUUGACUUAUGACAAUCCAAAGCUUCAUUUUCUGAAAAUUUUUCUCAUUUACCUAAAAGCCCUUCUCAGUGAUUUUCCAACAAAACCCGACCUGCUAUUUGGCGUGUUUGGACAUGCCCAGAUAUUUCAGAAUCCGGUACAAAAGGGACGAAGAAUUGACGCAAUUAAUGAUUCUUUUGUUUUUGAUAUCUCGCACGUUAAAUCGCAGCACAACAAAAACAUAAAUGUCACUCAGUUUACUUGUUCAGUUAGGCCUUUAAAAAUGACUUUUUUUCAAAACUUUCACUUCCGACGGCCUGAUCAAGCUAAGUCAGCGGGAAAGACCAAGUCUAUCUUCUCGCAAAAGUUAAGCCUGGUUCACUACGCCAAUUUAUAUUCCGUGCAAAACAACUUAUACCCGAAUGUAAUCUUUUCUGUACGUGACUAAUUGUUAGCUUUCAAAUGCAACAAAAGAGCUUUCAAAUGUUUUGCGGAUUUCGACGUGACCCUCUCAACUACUGAUUCCCCAACUUUUCCGACGUUCCUGCCGCAAUGCACGUUGCUCCUUUUCCGUUCCAUUUGGCAUUGAUAAUCUACCACUGUAUAACACUUCAGGAGGACUGGAGAGAGAAUUUUAAAAAAGAAGUUCAACUCGAUAAGAGUGUAAUAGAAAAAUCUAAAGAAACACAAUGGUCCCGCGUGGAAAUAGCUUUAUCAAUUGAUUUGAUCAAUUAAAUUUUGCCACCGCCAGCCUUUUGUCUGAGCGAGCAGUCAAGGAGGAUAGACGGAAACUCUGCUUCCAGGGUCUACGUAAAGAUUGGUGCAAAUCAUGUGUUAUAAAGAACUUAAUUAAGGAAUCUUAAUAGGUAAAAGAAUUGCAGAGAGAGGUGGAACAGAAAGGCUUCGAUUAGGGAAGAGCCCAAAAUAUUAGUCUUUACAAAUCGGACAAUUUGGGAGGGGAUUUAUUUCCGCUGACAAAAUGUGCUCUCCGAAGAUUAAUGUCGAAAACGUCGCUCAGUGAACCAACGAGUGCAGUGUUGUUUUGUUCUUUAAUAUUUGUUAAACAUUACACUUCCGUUUUCUUUAUUAAUUCGUUUUGAAGUUUCGAUAGGGUGGUUCCCGAAUAGUUUGCCGAUCGAACUCAUCGUAAAAAGGGACGAUGAUCUAAGGCAAGGUUUGGCCGAAAGUUGGGUUUGGUCAAAACAAAAAUGAAGCGAUUGAUAUUAAAACGGAAAAAGGUAUGACAUGGGCGAGGGAACAAAGAAAAGCCUUAAAAUUUGUCAUAAUAGCGCCUGUUCGGACUUUGAUCUUCAAAAGAGAAUAGUUAAAAUUACCAAAAUAUUUGUAUGGCGCGGAAAAUUAUUCUUUGCGUGAUCUGAAACGCUGAAUGAUUCAGUUUACUUCGACGCGGGCAGUCAAGCUAUUCAGGCAAAUUAUUCGUCGUCACGUGUCAUCUUCUAUUUUGGCCUUGGCCGAAUGUAAACAAACGUUGUUCGCUUGGCGGGACAAAGUUCGUUUUCAGCAUCUGACUACACGUGAGUAAAGUUCAAUUCACGCGCCGUUCACAUGAAAGUACGACUGUGAUUGGCCGAAUUUUAAAGAGGUGUUUUCUGAUUGGUCCAACCCCCAAAUACGCCCUCUGAACUGCAUGAUCACAGUUGCUGAUCUAAGUUCAAUCAACACAAAACGAUAACAAAAAUCUCUUACGAAGCAAGUUUGAGUCAGAGUUUUGGAGAGAAUAUUAGAGCGAUGUAUGUUCUUCCCUUAUCUCCACCUACAACGCCUUCGUCGUCGUCUAAAGAAAUAGAAGUAAGUGAAAUCAGAAAAGAACUUUUGAAUGAAGGAAAGGUUUCAAUAACUAACAUUUUUACCCUCUUUGUGUUUACAUCAGGAGGAGCAAAUGUCUGACUCAGAAAAUUGUCAAGCCGAACCGAGUGGGAACGUCGAUUUGGAUGCUGUGCAGUCGCUUCUGGCAAUGAGUCAGUGGUCGCCUCCUUCUCAUGAAAGAAGUCCUAGCCCCGAUUCAGGUGUUUCGUCUAUCAGCAGAAAUUCGUCGAGCGCGUCUUUGAGCAGUACAGUCAGUAUCACUUCCGCUGAGGACGACUUAGAGAAGGUGAGAUUUUCGCUGGGAAGAACAUAAAAAAAAUCUUGUAUAUUUGCGGGUUAGUUGUUAGAUCUUACGCUUAUAGUUUAAUGUCAUAUUAAAGUUUCCUGAUCGCCUCGUUUCGCCUAUUUUACAGCCUGAAAGCAACGGUAUUCGACCCAUAGCACCCGCAGACCUAGAAAGCCCGCGUAUGGACAACAAUGGACUUAGUGCGUCAAUCGCGGGAUCUUUGGGAGCGAUUUCUACCACAAAUACUCCAACUGCUACAGUAGCAAGCCUGCCUUUAAAAGUUUUCCCGGGAGGAGUAAAUGUGAACCAGGUUCUUUUGGCAAACGGUGGGGGAAAUCUACCAGCCGGUGCUGUGGUUGUACUUUGCCCCGUAGCUACAAAUGGCAGUACACCGACAACAGUUGGAAGCAUUUCCCAGCUACAAAGAAAUUUUGUGGUCACCCAAGCAGGGCUUAUUACACAGUUACAGUCCCAAAAUCAAGAGGAGAACAGCAGUAAUGGAAACAGCCAAACAAAUCGAAGAAGAAAUCAUGUUUGUAACUUUGAAAACUGCGGCAAAACGUACUUCAAGAGUUCCCAUUUGAAAGCUCAUAUGCGGACGCAUACAGGUUUGUUCAGUUACAUCAUAAUGUAGACACACAGUUAAACUUCCCUGCAGGCUAGAACUUUUUUCAGGGAUGACUAUUUUUCGUGAUACACAGUUUCAGUGCUUGAAUUUUUAAAGUUGUUUGCGUUGUGUGAUCGCGGGAAUUUUCUUUUUUUUUUCACGUGGAUGACAUGGCCUGGACCACUCCUUUGUCGUGCCUGCCUUACACCCACCGAUCACGUGUAAACACGGAAAUUAGCCGUGAUGCAAUGUUUUAGGAACAUUCGCGGGAAAAUCCCGCGAUAGCCAAAUCCCCCGCUUUCCGAACUGGUUGAAUUUUCAGAUAAAAGUUAGCGAGGGUAAGAAAAUAAUAUUCGGUUACUAUUUUUCUCUGUGAAAUGCCCCAGUUACGUAAUAUGUCAGUUUUCGGGGUGGUUAGAGACUUGGUAUCGAAUUUCGCGUUUUACGUUUUUCUCAUUUUUGUAAAACACCUGUCCCCUCCUGCUUAGAGUUCUGACCUCAAGUGGAGAGUUUUUUCGCCUCAUUCUACAAACCACUUGAAAUUACAUGUUUUUGGGAGAUAUUUAUUGGUCAAUUGAACCGUAGUUUUUAUGUCUCCUUUCUUCUUAUUUUAAAGUUGAAGUGUUAAUGAGAGUCCAGAAAUUAAUUUUCUUCUCGUUUUUUGUGCUUCUCAGGAGAGAAACCUUUUCCAUGCACAUGGGAAAAUUGUGACAGACGUUUUGCAAGGUCUGAUGAGUUAGCGAGGCACAGACGAACGCAUACCGGAGAGAAACGAUUUGCUUGUCCUCUCUGUGGGCGGCGUUUUAUGAGAUCUGAUCACUUGACAAAGCAUGCGAGAAGACACAUGACUGCCAAAAAAGUCCCUGGCUGGCAGCUUGAAAUGAACAAACUAAACCAGGUUGCAACAGGUAUGCAGCCGUCAUCGCUAAGCAUGCCUAGUAUGGUGCUGGCCGCGUCAGGAGCUGCGACAGCCACUACUAAUACAAUGCCAGUGAAUUCAUAGUAUCUCAACAGAAGAGACUUGAAGAACUGUGUAUUCAAAGGCCUCGGGCCCAAUGAAAGAGCAGUGGUUGGCCAUGAACCUUGUGGAGAGACAUCUUCACAUGCUAGCAGAUAAUAUAGAUUCAGUGAUUAAUAUAUUGUGGUGUGACUGUGACUAAUAAGCCAUGUUAUAGACAAUGACUUGCUAGUCUUGAUCAUUUAGUCCUUCAGCAAUAACUACAUGGCUUUUGCCAUUGUCCAUAGUAUCCUGCUAGUAGUUAAAGUACAUCACGCUCUUUUUCCCUGUACUGGGGCAGCUUGGCUUAGCCCUUCAAAUCAUGACCAACAAUUAAAAUAUCCGUUGGUAGACAAAGGUUGUUUAAAGUUAAAGUCAAGGUUCAUUUAAUUUAUUUGCUGUAAAUAGUACAAAUUCCUUUCCAGAUGAGUAGUUUUGCUCAACUUGAUCGCCACAAAAUUUUCCCUUUUGGUUAUAUUGCUGGUUCUAAUCCAAAUAAUGUUAAAGAAUUCAUUGCCAGCUAGAUGCAUGAAGGGCCUCAGUUGAAAGUGUAUUGUGUUUUUACAGAUUGUGAAACCUUGCUUCAGUUUUGUCGAUCACCCAACCUUCAAAUAUUUUAAAAUAGUUUUUCUUGUUUUGUUUCGGCUUCAAACAAAGUGUGUGCCAUUCACAACAACUACUAAGGUCCUUCAUGCAUCUAGCAACUCAAUUCAAAGUGAAAGAAAAAUAAUACAACAGCCAAAACUAUAAGUGAGUGUAAAUUUGGAACAUACUGUAGAUAUAUUAAGUUUAAAGAGAGAUGCAGCAGAGAUUCAUAGAGCAAGUUUUAUGUUUAAAAUUUUGUUUUGUAAGAUUUAGAAGUAGAGGUUAGUAUGCCAGAACACAUAUUGAUAUUGAAGACUUGCUGAAAUCUUUUAUGAAAGCCGUUAAAAUCCGACGUUUUCUGAUAUUCAGCUAUUGAAGUAUUUAACCAUUUCAUACGUGUAAAUUAUUUGCGAACCACGUCUGCCAAAUUAUUCAUCAAGUGAACCGUUUCAUUGCCAGAUUUCAAAUGUUAAUUUAUAUCUUUUUAUUUACAAUUUAUCAUCAUGUUAUAUAGGCAGUGUUCUGUACAAAUAAAAUGCUUUAUUGAACAAAUUUGCGUCGUCAGUUGAUCUUCACCCGUUUAUUACAACACUCGAAGUGGUGUAGAAAGCAAAAUUAAAAAACGCUGAUGUCUCGAACGGAGCAUGGGCAUUUCUUGGUCGAGAGUCAUUUAAUUGUUCAUUCCCAACUGGGUGAUUCUUGUUUCUCUUAUUUUAGUUUCCGCUGUGGCGAGGACAGUGGACUUUACUUUUACACAUUUUCAUAUAUUCCCUUUCAUGUCUUCAUCUUCAGAAAGGAAGAGCCCUCAAUUGCUUUGAUAGGUUACCAUUAUGAGCACCGCGCCGGUAUCGCAGUUAUCAUGGAUUUCAUCUUAGCUUGAUUUAUUACCAGGCCUUUAUAAUGAAUUCAAUGAUAUAUCACGUGUUAAGUUUCUCGACAAAGGAAAGUUGCCAGUUCGUUGCAUUACACAGUGCUGGGUAUAUAUUACAGCCGUCAGCAAGACUCGUGAGUUAGGAGCCUUGCAGCACUAAGAGGUACACUAUAACAACACGACAAGAAAGUAAUUUGUAUUGCUCAGAGGAUUUCAUGUCACUGAAGGUCACUCUCAAGAAUGUACGUCAGGUCUAAUACAAAAUACCACUGAUUACUCUGAAGGUGCUCCUUGGUAAUGUUGCCAACUAUUCAAACUUCAUGUUUUGAGUGAAAAUCUGGAUGUUGGCCUAUAGAUGGCCUAUGACGCCCAAUUUUAUGUGCAAUGAGUUCUUUCUCCUUGUUUUCUUCUGAUUUCGUGACUGACCAUCAGAUGGAGCGGGCGAGCGGACCUCAUCUUCGGCCGAAAAACGGAACAUAAAAAAGCAAAGACGUUUCUGAGCGACCCACGUCAUUCGGAAGUGAACCUUUCGCAUUUACCCAAAUUUUCGGAAAAACCGCCUCUAUAAUCUUGAUUAGAAUUAUGACACUUAGCAACACAAGUUUUAUGGUAUUCUCGAGGCAUCUAAAUACCGUAAAUGA